UCGGUCUUCGCCCAACCCCACGCCCGGUGAGGGUGUUCUUGGCGCCCAAAUUCAAAAUAUCUUCGUUUGGAGGAUAUUCGCUAGGGUUUAUGACGAGGGCGGUAUGCUCCUCGCGAAUCCACUGCCUUGUUUCAAGGCUUUGGAGCUUCAGCACAGAUUUUCUCCGAGAAUUCGAGCGCUGCGCUCCCGGUGGCGCGGCGCCAGAGCAUGCUCAUCGUCGGCGCCAUUCGAGACUAGUAAGUGGAAUUUGGUUGUGAGUUUUGUGGUUUUCUUCUGCUGCUACAAGUCGGGCCAGCAGCAGGAGCAGCCUUGGAAGAGAAUUCGUGAUGAGCAAGAAGAAUUUGAUGCUGGUUUUAUCCAUAAUUUUUCCGGGCUUGUAUCUAAAGGGACUGAGAAGCUCCCACAUUUGAGGAACCGGGUGGAGCGUAUGAUGCAGGCUAUCCAGCUGAGGAAAGCAAUAAACUACAACAUCCCCGCUUCAAAGAUCUUGGAAGCUCUCACCGCUGCUAAUUGUCACGAGCCAUACUGCUACGAGCGCAUAGAACUUCUCGGCGAUGCGUAUCUCAAGUGGGCCGUGAGCACCAGACUCUAUCUAAAGUUCUCAGAUUUUCCGGAAGGAGAGCUCACGAUCACGCGUGGAAAGAUCAUCUCAAACUCGGCGCUUCACUACCUUGCCUUGGAGAAAGGACUUGAGACUUACGUGAGGAUAAAUCCUUUCGUGCCUGGAAGAGAGCCCACGGAUCUCCAAGAGCUCUCAAGUAAAGUCCUGGCAAACGUGGUGGAAGCACUGAUCGGAGCUUACUACGUCCACCAUGGCGACAAAGGUGCUCGGCACGUAGUGGAGUGGCUUGGUAUCGAGACAGGCUUUAGCGAUGCCGAGCUCCAGAUCGCCAGGGCUGGAAGUGUUGUUUCUCCAGAGGUUCUCAAUUCGAUCGACUUUGAGGGGCUGGAAAACACACUCGGGUAUAGUUUUAGAUCGAGAAAUCUGCUCGCUCAGGCUCUCACGCACUCUUCUUCUCGGCAAGCUUCCAUGGUUCCUAUUUACGAGCGUCUCGAGUUUAUAGGUGAUGCUGUGCUGGACCAUCUCUUGACAAGGCACAUAUACUUCUCCUACAAGGACUUACAUCCCGGGCGCUUGACAGACUUGCGCUGUGCAGCUCUUAACAGCGAGAGUUUUGCUCGAGCAAUGGUCAAGCACAAGCUCCAUGCUCAUAUCUUGCACGAAUCGAAUGACUUCCACUCUCAAAUAAAAACUUAUGCGAAACAUGCGCUUAAUAUGGAAGAGAAUGCCAUCUAUUCGUAUGGUUUUGGAGCUGUCAAGGCACCGAAGGUGUUAGGAGAUGUUUUCCAAUCACUCGUUGGGGCAGUCUACAUUGACAGUGGCUUAAACUUGGAUCAAGUCUGGAAGGUUUUUGAGCCAUUGCUACAGCCGCUGGUGACACCAGAAGCAGUUCCAAUCCAUCCAGUCCGCGAGCUCUACGAGCUCUGUGACAAGCACUUGAAAAAACUGGAAUGGGAUUACUCCUUGUCCGGGGAUCUGUUCCUAGCCAGGGCUCUCGUCGGAAACAAAGUUCUCGGCCGUGGUACAAACGUCCAAAAAAAGAUGGCGAAGAAGCUGGCGGCCAUCAAUGCAAUAGCGAAGCUCGACAAAAGCGCGUCCCCUCUAACACCGUCUCAAGAAGAAAAAGCGAGUGGAGAAUUCUCAAGACAGGCGCUACAUGAGCUGUGCUCUCAGAGAGGUUGGCCAUGUCCAGACUACAACACACACAGUGAAACCGGGCCGGCCCACGCAAAGAUGUUUACAUGCACAGCAUCGGUUCGUAUCGAGCAAGGAGAGAAACAAGAAUGCAUCGGUCAGCCAAGGCCUACGAUCAACAAGGCCAAAGACUCGGCAGCAAGGGUGCUUAUGGAAACUUUGCAAAAAAGUUAAGUCUUUUCGUUCUUUGUAGAGCUUUGAUCAUUUCAACGAAAGUUAAAAAUUUCAUGUUUU